AUGAUUCAGUUAACCGCAUCAUGCCCUCCUUCAUGCGUGGUAUGCUCUGAAGAUAUUACUCUGUGUCAAGGAUUAACAUAUAUACUAGCUGUUCCUGCAUCCACAAAAGCUUUGAUUGUUACUGAUGGAAGUAUCACUUCAGUAGAAGGUUUUAACCUGUCCUUCCUGUUCAAUGCAACUUUACUAAGACUCAGCACUAAUGGGAUUACAACCAUUAGAGAUGAUGCUUUUCUUGGACUUAGAACCCUGAAGACUUUACUUCUGGACCAGAACCAAAUAUCAAGCUCUUCUAUCACGUACAGCACAUUUCAUGAACUUCAGAAGCUGCAAGUGCUAGUGUUAAGCAACAACAUUUUGAGCCGCAUUCGUGGAAUUUGGUUUAUGAGCAUGAAGGAUCUUAUUAGACUCCACUUAAAUGGGAAUCAACUAAUGAGCAUCACAGGGGAAAGCUUUGAGAUGGCAAAGCUUGGCAAACUCAGGAUCCUGGAUUUGUCAAACAAUUUCAUUAGCUCUAUUGAAAAGACAGCCUUCCACGGCCUCGCCCAACUGAUGGAAAUUGACCUUUCAAGGAACAGGCUAGCCAUUAUUCCUGACACCUUUUCUACUCUCGCUCAAUUAAGUCUUCUAAGCUUAGACCAGAACUGGUGGAACUGCACAUGCAAACUUCACGACCUAGCCUCCUUUCUAAGGAAAUAUGUCAAUUCUUCAUCAAGGAUGCUCAGAAACGCUGAUAAUGUGAGUUGCAGAGCUUCUGAAAACCCAUCAGUGACCAAUCUGCUUGAGCUCACAGAGGUCAACUGUAAGUCUGCACUUAAACACCCUCCUGGUAUUUUAGAAAACAGGAGGAGGAACUACGGACGAGACGUUGCACUGGUCGCUGUUUUUUCCUUUCUAGGAGGUGUUGGUCUCACUUGCCUAGUUUUAGCCCUCUUUAACAGGAAGUUUCAACACGGCAAAGCAAAUGAACACUCAUCAGGAAACUGCUGUUGCAGAACCCUAGAUGAAUCCCAGUGUGGUCAUGAGCCAAGAAAUUACCUCACUAAGGGAUACUGUAACUGCCACUUAACUCGGGAAAAUGAAAUAAAGGUCAUGUCCAUGUUGGGGUCUGGCAGGGAAAUGCCACUUUUAAAGGAAAAUAGCCAUCAAGCAACAGUAAAGGCAGAGUCUAAGUGCACAGGCCUAAAAAUGCCACUCAGAAGCAUUCAAAAGGAGAAUGAACAGAUGAAAAAUGACCAUUUCUUGUGCCUUAACUGUAGACUGCUACAGUCUUAUCCUCCAGAGUCUUCUGGGAAUGCAGCUGUGCCUAAUGAAGCAGAUGGACUGUGCCAAAAACAAUUCCAAAGGAGAGUUAGAAGCCCAGACAACUUUGGGCAGUGGGAGGAAGACACACAGGCGACAAGAUCUGAGGAGCAUCACAAACUGAAUCAAGGAAUCAGAAGUGACACAUUCUGCGGAAGACAUUCAAGAGCUGCAUGUGUUUUGGCAAAAGAAGGGCUUGGAAAACAUUUAGCAAACGAGUCAUGUCUGUCUGUAUCCAAAACCGAGGAGGAUGAGGACUGCUUAAAGCCUUGCAGGAUGAGGCAAAGGCAUUUUAUUACAGCCUCGUCAUCAGCACCUGACACACCAGAGGAAUCCAAGGACCACUGCUUGCAAGAAGCAGCAUUAGGAAGCCAUGGAUCGCGACAGGAUGAUCCAUGUGGAUCGUUAGAAAGGAGCAAAAAUAUUUCUCCGCAGCUAGACAACUUCCUUAUCUGUAAAUACAUAGGCUGUGAUAAAUAUCGCAACUGCCCGACAGAAAAGAAACAGAGCCAUGGCAAAAAUGUGAAGUUGGAUGAAGGACAGAGUGAAGUUAAGAGCAAAAGAGCAGGCAGCUCCUGUAUGACUGAUGAAGAGAUGCCCUUAUCGCCAGCAAUCAAGAGAAUGUAUCAGCCCAAGAGUGUUAGCUUUUAUGUACCUGACCUGACAACAAUAAAGAGGGUGGAUGUGACAAGUGGCUUAAGUGGGGUGAGAUCCCCAGAGAACAAACGACAAGGCAAGAGUAUUCAAGGAAGCCUCUCCCCUGCCCUGGGAAGGAGAUUGCACUGUGAUUCAGGAGCAAAAAAAGAAGAAAGGAAACCAUCUCCCACCUCUGCAGGACCUGGGGAAAAACUGAUUGGAUUCAUCCAGAAGCAUAAAAUGAAAACUAAAAGCUGGGAUUCUUUAACCGUGAAGUUAAAUUUACAUCCUUUUAGAAAAGCAAGAAUCCAGCCUGAAGAACUUCUCCCCAAAGGAAACAAAGAACAGUGUCCAAGUUGCCGACAUGCAAAAUUGUCCCAUGCUUCCACGAGGGAAGACAGAAGAAGGAGAACAAAAACAAAACCAGAAUCAGAAUAUUCUGUGGCUGCCCAAAAGAUCUCAGAGUGCAGCAAAGAUAUCAUUUAUUCUAGAGCAUCUGUUGGGAAACUGCCUGAAGAAAAUGGUACAGGUGCUGUUACAGUCAUCUCCUGUCCUUCUAAGAGUGUUUCUCACGUGGCAAUUGCUGAGGGUACUUCACCUGCCAAGCUUUUACAAACUCAAAGUUGUGCCAGGAGCUCACCUCUAUUCUCACCAAAUGGAACUUCAAGAAUGACUGUUUCAGCUAUUGCUGUUUCACCUAACCAUUCACUGAGUGUUUUGCAGAAUGCAGCAAAUAACAUUCCAGCACCAGUGAAUUCUAAAGAGCAUAGUGAAGAUAUUACAGAAACUGCAGUCCUGGCCUUUGAGCAGAGUUCUUUGAUGAUGGCAGCACAGGAAAAAGACCACAGUCUUUCUCAAGCUCUCUUUAUUGAAAGAGAAGGGCUCAAUUUGCAAAAUGCCACCAAAGACGAUGAUAUGCAGUUUCAGCAAAUUGCUGAGAAUAUAAUGCAAGGCGUGAGUCUGAAGCAGUUCCAAAAACAUCAAGAUAAAAGCUUCACAGUGGAAGAUGGACUGGAAGGGCAUAAAAGGGCUAUAGAGACUGAAUCUGCACAAGGAAAUCUAGUUGCUGUGGAGUCCCAUAGCUUUGGUGAAAUUCCACCAUCAAGUAGACACCAAAUUCCGACAGAAAAGGACAUAAAUAGAUUCAAAUCUCCAGUUCAGUUCAGCAGCACACUUUCUAAAUCUCAGGCCGUUGGGUGUCUAACCACCAAACAACUUCAAAUGCCAGCUAGAACUAAUGACAUGGAAGUAUGUGGAACAAAAUCACAGCACCAGAGAGCAGAUUUCAAAGCAGAAAGCAACAGUGAGUCAACUAAAAUGUUUAUUCCAGAUACACUAAUGGUCUCAGCGGGCCUAAAAGAGGAAGGAGUACAAACUGGGAAUGAGUGGGAGAAUAACAAAUGCAAAACGUUUCAUAAAAAUGUUGUCAAAGUGACCAUUAUCUCUAACACAUCGAGCGUCCCCACUUCCCCCGAAACUGGAAACACACAUCUGGAGAGCAACAUCAAUCUUGAAAUGAACAAUAAGGUGCAUAUGGAUAAUGAGAGUGAUUUGCAAGAAGCUCCAAACAAUCAACUUGAUGAAGGUAGCAGAGAUCAUAAAGAAGGUAAAAUGCCACCAGCAACAUGUCAAGAGCAUCCUUUGUUAGCAAAGCUUAAAGACGUCAGUUAUGAGGAACAAACUGAGAUGCCUUCACUUCCUUACAAUACAAAUAAAGCCGAAAUCUCUGUCUCCAAACCUACACUGUCUCCCACAUCUGCUGAUUGUGAUAAAGAAUUGCCUUCACAGGCAGAACAAAGCAAAGUAAAUAUUUCAAAAAACAUUUAUUCUUCCUUAGUUCUCUUCAAAGACAAAAAACCCUUUUCAAUAUGA